AGCGGGAGGCGGCAGCGCUGGCGCCAUGGCCGCGCCUGGGCCCGAAGAGGCGGCGGCGGACGAGGAGCGGUACCGGGGGCUCGUGACCGGCGCGAAGGCGGCGGCGGCCGACGGGGAUCUGGAGGAGGCGCUGCGGCUGUUCCGGCUGGCGGCCGCCAUCCGCCCCAGCGAGAAGCUGCAGAGCCGCAUGCAGCGGGUGCAGGAGGCGCUGGCGGCGGCCGAGCAGCAGCAGCAGGACGAAGAGGAGGAGGAGGAUGAAGGCUUCGUGGACGUGUGCGGCAGCGGCCUGCUGAUCUACGGCGAGAUGCACGGCAAGCUGUUCCAGCACCAGCGGGAAGGUGUCGCGUUCCUGUACCGCCUGCACCGGGACGGCAAGCCUGGUGGCAUCCUGGCAGAUGACAUGGGCCUGGGCAAGACCAUCCAGGUGAUCGCCUUCCUGUCGGGCAUGUUCGACGCCGAGCUGGUGCAGCACGUGCUGCUCAUAAUGCCCACCACCCUGGUCAGCAGCUGGCUGGCUGAGUUCGCCCGCUGGACGCCCGGCCUGCGCGUCAAGGAGUUCCACGGCACCAGCAAGACCGAGCGCACCAGGAACCUGGAGAGGGUGCAGAGGAAGAACGGCAUCAUCAUCACCAGCUACCAGAUGCUCAUUAACAACUGGAAGCAGCUGGCCAGCCGCCACGAGCAGGAGUUUGUCUGGGACUAUGUCAUUCUCGACGAAGCGCACAAGAUCAAGUGCCCGUCAAACAAGACGACCAAGUGUGUGUACGCAAUCCCGGCCCGGCACCGCGUCCUGCUCACGGGCACCCCCGUGCAGAACAACCUGCGCGAACUGUGGUCCUUGUUUGACUUCGCCUGCCAAGGCUCCCUCCUGGGAACUGCCAAAACUUUUAAAAUGGAAUACGAGAAUCCCAUUACCAGGGCGAGGGAGAAGGAUGCGACUCCAGGUGAGAAAGCGCUGGGGCUAAAGAUAUCAGAGAAUCUCAUGGCGAUUAUAAAGCCCUAUUUCCUCAGAAGGACCAAGGAAGACAUCAAAAGCAGUCAUGCUGAUAAAGUGGAUACUCCUCUUCCUGAGGAUCCAAGUGAGAACAAGGCUCCUGUCAUGCCAUCUCUCACUAGGAAAAAUGACUUUGUUGUGUGGGUGUACCUGGCACCGGUGCAGGAAGAAAUCUAUAGGAACUUUCUCUGCCUGGAUCAUGUGAAGGAAGUGCUGACGACGACCCGAUCGCCUUUGGCCGAGCUGACGGUCCUGAAGAAACUCUGUGACCACCCCAGGCUUCUGUCUGCGAGAGCCUGUAUCCAGCUGGGCUUGGAAGAGCAGGAGGGCUCCGAGCAGGAUGACAGGACAGAAGCAGGUCUGUUUUCAGGCAUGAGCAAAAUAGAUCAUCUCUCUGACGAGACUGUGAUCCAGGAGUCUGGGAAGAUGCAGUUCCUAGUGGGGCUGCUGGAACGGCUGCGAGAGGAGGGGCACCGAACGCUGGUGUUCUCGCAGUCGAGGAAGAUGCUGGACAUCAUCGAGCUCGUGCUGUCCCGCCGGCAGUUCCGGGUGCUGCGCAUCGACGGCACGGUGACGCACCUGACGGAGCGCGAGAGGCGCAUCAACGCCUUCCAGAGCAGCCCCGACUGCUCGGUGUUCCUGCUCACCACGCAGGUCGGGGGCGUCGGGAUCACCCUGACGGCCGCCAGCCGAGUGGUGAUCUUUGAUCCCAGCUGGAACCCAGCAACCGAUGCUCAGGCUGUGGACAGAGCUUACAGAAUCGGGCAGAAGGAGAACGUGGUGAUUUACAGGCUGAUCACCUGCGGCACUGUGGAAGAGAAGAUCUACAGGCGGCAGGUGUUCAAGGACUCGCUCAUCAGGCAGACCACCGGGGACAAAAAGAACCCGUUCCGUUACUUCUCCAAACAGGAGCUGAGGGAGCUCUUCACGCUGGAAGACACUCGGACCUCUGCGACUCAGAUCCAGCUGCAGUCCCUGCAUGCCAUGCAAAGGAAGUCUGACCUGCAGCUGGAUGAGCACCUGGCUUACCUGCACUCCCUGGCAAUGUUCGGCAUUUCUGACCACGACCUGAUCUACACGAGGGAGACGGCUCACGAGGAGCAGGUGGAGAGCGAGGAAGCCCAUCAGUACAUCCAGAGGAGGGUACAGAAAGCCCACGAGCUGGUCCAGCUGGAGUCCCAGCUCAGAGACCAGAGGAUGGAGGGGAUCAGAAAUGCUUGUGAAGAGAACUGGCAAAGACCACCGGGAUCAGUUUCUGGGCCAAAGAAGUUGUCUCCAGGGUUGAAUGACAAAAAUAAUUUUGUUUCACCACCAGUAGCUGAUGCACAUAAAAAGGACCAUGUUAUUGAUCUUACAGAGGAUGAGGCCCAGGUGCUUGAUGUCAGCUCCAAAAUGACAACUCUGACUAUUGAUGGCUUGGAUGAAGAGGAACUGGCACAGGAUGUGUCUGGUAUGGAGACAGAAGUGCUCAAUACUAGCAAGACAGCAGAACAAUCUGAUAUACAAGAGUCUGAGCAAAAUCCUGAAUCUAGCAUUACACCAUCCUCCCCUGCACUCGAGACAGAGAGUCAGAGCCUCCAAGAGAAACAGCAUUUGCACAUACAUUCAGACAGCUCGGCCAAGGCAAGGAAUGACCUGUCUGGGCAUUGUCACAAUUCCUCAGAGGCAGGCAUGACUAUACUAGAAGAUCCUGGAAGUGAUGCAGAAUUGUCAGUUCAGGUACUUGACCCACACACUGCCCUGGGAACAGAGCAGAACAAUGUUCCUGAGCUGGCUUCUGCUUCUGCAGUGCUGAGUUUAUCAAAUGUUACAACAGAGAUCAAUGCUGAGCUCCACAAGUCUCAUGUGUUGGAAGACAGCUUGGAAGGUACAUCUGCUCCUUCUUUCCAGGAUCAAGUUGACUUCAAUCUGGUUUUGGAAGAGUCUGAUGAGGGAUGGCAGGAUGCCUCAAAUAGAGAAGAAUCAGUGGAACACCCUGAGAAGGAGAGCUUACAACUGCAGGCAGAAAGCUUGUGUAAAUCUCCAGAUAAAGAAUCUCCAAACAAAGCUUUGCCAAGUGAGCCCAGUAGCCCUGGCACAGCUGAGGAAGAGCCAAAUGCCUGCCUACAAGGGAGUGAAUCGUUGGAUGAAAGCAGUUGUCUCUUUACUUUCACGAGGAAGAAACGCUUGAACAGAAUUGCUUCACCCAGUGACAGUGAAGGGCAGCCUGAGCAAGUGCCCUCCUCUCCCUUGGACAGCACUCAGCAUGGACUUCCAGAAGGAAUUAGUGCUUCCACCCCUAAACAUGACACCAGAAGAGCUAAAGCCAUCUUUUCUCCCCAGCUGAAUAACAGUGCAAACAGGUCUAAUGCUUCCAGGCGCUCGUUCAUCAACAGGCUGGUAGAUGAGGUGGAGGAUAUUGGGGAAAUCAUGGGGACCACUGAUGAAGAAGACAGUGAUGAUGGUGAUGAGGAGCAAGAUGGGCUUGUGGAAGACGAAGCUGAGGAGUGCACGGGUGAAUCUGCUGAGCCUGAAGAAGAACCUACAGGAGAAACACUUGAUACAAGUGAGGAGUCCUCCCCCACAGACAGCGUGGAGUCUGAGCAGUCCGAGGCAGAGGAGACUGAGUCAUCUCAGGAGGAAUCCACAGGUGAUGCUGAGCUCCAGUCAGGCGAGCAGAUUGACUGCUUCACCCAGGAAAGCAGCUCUGCAAAGGGCACUGGGCAGAGCUCCUCUCCUGCUGCAGAUUAUGACACCUUGGUACACAGUGGGAAGAAACUUCAGAAUGAUGGAAAACUCCAGGAGGCCUUGGACUGCUUCCUGCAAGCUCUCGACAUCAAAAGUGGAGAUCCUGAAGUUAUGCUUCUGACUCUGAACUUGUACAGACAGCUGGCCCAGAAGUGACAGGGAUGUGGUUCUGUGUAUCUGCACCAUGUGUCUGCACCAUGGCCCUGGGUCCCUGAGCCAGCUCCAGGCUGUGCCUGCCAUGUGCUCGUGGGACUGAGAAAAGUCAGCACCUCCUGCUUGAGGGAACAGUCCAAACAUCCAGGUGUUGGAUGCUGGGGAGGGAACUUCACUGUGGAGUUGGGUUCACAAAGGUGAAAAUAGUUCAUGUUCCUGUCUGAUUAUUCAAUUAAAAAAAUGGUGUUGUUGAUGUAU